GCAACUGCCUCGACGAUCCCGUGCGCCGGCCCUAACUCUCGCGACGCGAGGUGCUCGAGGCACACACUAGCGUAAGCUCCGAAACGCCGAUGCAAUGUAAUGACGCAUCCAGCUGCUGGAGAUCGAGAAAAAAAAAAAAAAAAGGAUGGACGGACGAGUAGGAGUGGUCACAAGCAUGGAACAAAAGUAUGGUGUCCGGUAGUCUGCUGACAACUUACCCCUAAAUAUGGGCUAUAAAAUGUAGAAGAACACUCGACUAGGUUGCUGGCAAUAGAUGGACCGGCCGGAGCUUCCUUCACGUCAACAAAUCCCCGUCCCUUUCCGCGGUUUCUCCGAUCUCAACAUGACAGCAAUGAGGCAAAGAACAGACUACGGAAAGAGGCUGCUCGUCAACAUCGUCGACGAGCGUGCGGAAACGGAGCCCAAUCGAGAGUGGGUGUCCAUCCCGACCUCCUCCAACCCCAAAGACGGCUGGAAGAAGAUCACGUACCGACAAGCCGCCAAUGCCGUCAACCGGGUCGCCCACAAACUGGUGAGCUCAACAGGCCGGCCGAAGGAGGGCGAGUUCCCGACCGUCGCCUACAUCGGCCCCAACGAUGUGCGAUACGUCGUCUUUGCCCUGGGAGCCAUCAAGGCGGGGUACCAGGCGCUCUUCAUCUCGCCGCGCAACUCGCAGGAGGGCCAGCUCAACCUCUUCGAGCUGACCAACUGCCGCACCAUAUGGUUUGACGCCAUGUACAAGGACGCGGUCCAGUCGUGGGUGCAAGAGCGGGACAUGCACGCCAUCAUGACCUUCCCAGUCGCCGCCUGGUUCCCCGACGAGGACGUCGAGCCGUAUCCGUACGACAAGACGUUUGAACAAGCCGAGUGGGACCCGCUCAUGGUUCUGCACACGAGCGGCAGCACCGGCUUCCCCAAGCCGGUCGUGGUGAGGCAGGGCAUGUUGGCGAUCGGGGAUGGCUACCACAACCUGGGCGAGUGGAAAGGGAGGAAGAUCUGGCUGGACGAGAUGUCGCGGCGGUCCAAGAGGAUGCUGUGCCCAAUGCCCCUCUUUCACGCGGCCGCCAUGUACGUCACUCUCCUCCUAGUUCAGUACUGGGAUCUCCCCGUGGCUCUGGGCAUCGGCGACCGACCCCUGUCCGCAGAUAUGGCUCUGGAGUGCUUGAAAUAUGCGGAAGUGGACUCGGUCAUCCUGCCGCCCGCAAUCCUGGAGGAACUAGGCCAGACGCAAGAAGCGAUCGAUGCCCUAAAAGCGCUGUCGUUCGUCGCCUUUGGGGGUGGGAACUUGUCGGACGAGGCGGGAGACAAGCUCGCCAAGGCCGGUGUUAAGCUCUUCAACGCCAUCUCGACAACCGAGUUUGCUCCCUAUCCACUCUAUUGGCAGACAAAUCCGGAGCUCUGGCGAUAUUUCAUCUUCAACUCGGAGCUCUUCGGCUGUGAAUGGAGGCCGGCGACGGACGAGAACACGUACGAGCAGGUCAUCGUACGAAAGGACAAGCACCCGGGAUGUCAAGGGAUCUUCUACACCUUCCCCGAGGCCUGGGAAUACAGCACCAAGGACUUGUUCAGCCCACACCCAACACUUCCCGAUCAUUGGAAGUAUUGUGGGCGAUCGGACAACAUCAUCGUCUUCUCCAAUGGCGAGAAGCUCAACCCAGCAUCCAUUGAAACGAUUCUGAUGGGCCAUCCUCGGGUCAAGGGGGCACUCGUGGUUGGCAGCAACCGGUUCCAGCCGGCUCUCAUCCUCGAGCCCGUGGAGCACCCGCGUACGGAGCAGGGCGUCAGGGAGUUCAUCGACAGCGUGUGGCCGACGGUUGUCAAGGCCAACAAAGAGACUGUAGCCCACGGUCAGAUCGGGCGGCAGUUCAUCGCCAUCUCUAAUCCCGACAAGCCGUUCCUGCGAGCGGGCAAGGGCACGAUCCAGCGGGCAGGUACCAUACGCAUUUACGAGGACGAGAUCGAUCAGAUAUACGAACAAGCCGACGGGGUCGCGUCCUCGGAGGCCCCGGUGCUGAACCUCGAGUCGACCGAGUCGCUAACCCGGUCCAUCGAGAUCCUCUUCGAGAAGUGGCUGCAGGCGCCGAAGCUCGAGCCGGAUACGGACUUCUUCACGGUCGGAAUCGACUCGAUGCAGGUCAUCAAUGCUUCACGGCUGCUCAGGGCAGGGUUGGAAGCCGGCGGCGUCCGGGUAGACUCCGCUUCCCUGGCCACGCGCGUCAUUUAUGGACACCCGACGGCACGACGGCUGGCCGAGUAUCUCUUCUCGGUGGUGAACCAAAAGGGCCAGGAUGCCACCUCUGGCGAGCCGCAGCACGAAGAUCAUGCCAUGGAGGCCAUCCUGGAGAAAUACACGCGGGAUAUGCCCCGAGCCCCGACCGCCGGCAAGCCCGCCCCGGCCGACGAGGGCCAGGUAAUUAUCAUUACGGGAACAACGGGCACGCUCGGGUCGUACACGCUCGACAUCGCCUCGCGCUGCCCCCGAGUCAGGAAAGUCAUCUGCCUCAACCGGUCGGACGACGCCGAAGCGCGACAGAGGCGGUCGAAUGCGGAACGCGGUUUGCACAUCGACUUCUCCAAGGCCGAGUUCCUGCGCGCCGACAUGUCCAAGCACGACCUUGGGCUCGGGAGGGAGGCGUACGAGAGACUGCUGCACGAAGUCGACCGGGUCAUCCACAACCAAUGGCCGGUCAACUUCAACAUGCCCGUCGAGUCCUUCGAGCCGCACAUCCGGGGAGUGCGCAACCUCGUCGACUUCAGUUGCAAAGCGACGAAGCGGGUUCCCAUCGUGUUUAUCUCGUCUAUCGCAACCGUCAACGGGUGGAGGAAGUCAGAGGCCGUGCCGGAACGAUCGCUGAAGGAGCCGGAAAUCGCCGUCGGCGGGUACGGGCGGUCCAAACUCGUGAGCAGCCUCAUCCUGGAGAAGGCAACCGAGGUCUCGGGCGUUCCCACCGAGAUCAUGCGUAUCGGGCAGAUUGCCGGCCCGAGCAGCGAGAAGGGCCUCUGGAACCGGCAGGAGUGGCUCCCCAGCAUCAUCGCCAGCUCUCUGUAUCUCGGAGUCCUACCUGACUCCCUCGGACACAUGUCCACGAUCGACUGGACGCCCAUCGAAGGGAUCGCAAACCUCGUGCUCGAAGCGUCCGGGGUGACCUCUCAGGUUCCUCUCGAGGACAUCAACGGCUACUUCCACGGUGUCAACCCGGUCACGACGCAGUGGAGACCGCUCGCCGAGGCGGUAAAGGAGUUUUACGGCGGGCGCAUCCAAAAGCUAGUCCCCCUGGACGAGUGGGUCGAGGCCCUGGAACAGAGCCAGGCCAAGGCCGAAGACAUCAGCAAGAACCCCGGCGUCAAGCUGCUGGACACAUAUAAGGCUUGGGUGGCGGCGGCAAGGGAGGGGCAGAACUACGUCGCCAUGGACACGUCGCGGACGACGAGCCGCAGCAGGACAAUGCGCGAGAUGCGCGCCAUCACGCCCGAGCUGAUGAAGAACUGGUGCCGCCAGUGGGCGUUUUAAAGCCCAGCUGAAACACAUGGAGCCUGAUUACCCUCAUUAUAGUUCAUAUCUGUUGUCUUGGCCUGAACAUAGAACCAACCUAUACAAUUGUC